CCUGGUAACAAGUGGCUUCUGCACACCUCACUACGUGAUGGUGUGUCCUAAUAGGUUUUACAUGAUGUAACAUGGCCUACAUGUCAAGACGUGUUUGUAAAACAUUGAGAGAGGUGAUGGUGAUUCUAAAGUCCACAAGGAAAGCAACAAUGAAAUAGUCUAUUGCAAGUUCUUAUAUUGUUGACAACCCUUAAACCGGACUUUACCCAUUUUUAAGUGGAAAGUAAGGGAAGUUUUCAAGCACGUGAUCAGUAUUUGUCCGAGAUUAAGCGGGUGGCAUUGUGAGGAUUCUCUAUUGAAAUACCUGAUGACCACGGCACCAAAACGAUCUGUCACCGUGGCAUUUUAUGAUGUCAUAGAGAAAUUAUUUGGUUGGAGACCUUAAUAUUAUAUUGUUUUUUAUUAAAACGUGGCAAACAAUGGGCCUAUGAAUGGAAUUUUAAUGAUCUUUAAAGGGUGGAAAUUACCUUUCUAAAUCACAAAGGCGAUACUUCAAACAAGACCUCUUUAUGACUGAUAUUACCCUUACCAUAGUAACGUUUAUUUUUAGUAGGAGUGCCCAACCUAUUUAAUUUGGUAUUCACUUCGUCCCCUGGGUCUCCCGCCGGUGGGACAUGUCUGGAACACCUCUCCAGGAGGCAUCCAAGCCACCUCAACUGGCUCCUCUCAACGUGGAGGAGUAGAGGGAAGUCUGGGCUUCCCUACUAAAGCUGCAGCCCCCGUGACCCGACCCCGGAGUGUGUGAAGAUGGCGCUGAUUGUGGUUGCAGUUGUACUCGCCACCAUACUAGCAGUCGACUGUUAUCCUGCAACUUUUCAAGAUCUGAAUUUGGGUCGCAGUAAGUACUGCCUGACUGUUUCGCAAAAACUAUGUAUAAGGUGUCAAUAUUAUUUGUUUCCCCUGACAGCAAACAGGACCUCCAUUAAGUUCCUGGCAUUCGGCGACUGGGGAGGUGUACCUUACCCCCCAUACAUGACUGUGGUGCAAAGGGCUACCGCUCAUGAAAUGAGUAAAGUAGCAGAACAGAUGGGAGCAGACUUUGUUUUGGCCCUUGGAGAUAACUUCUACUUUAAAGGUGUGGACAGAGUGGACUCUCCAAGAUUCAAGGACACCUUUGAGGCCGUGUACACAGGAAAGCCCCUCAAUAUGCCCUGGUACGUUAUUGCUGGCAAUCAUGACCAUGCAGGAAAUGUCCAAGCCCAGAUUGAUUACACACAUAAAUCUUCACGAUGGAACUUCCCUUCCUACUACUAUGAGCUGGACUUCCGCAUACCCAACACGAAAAAGACGCUGACCAUCAUCAUGCUGGACACUGUGAAGCUGUGCGGAAACUCUCUCGACUUUGUGGACGAGAAGCCCAGAGGCCCCUUGAACGCAAUGGAUGCCAACCGCCAAGUGAAGUGGCUGGAGGAAAGAAUGGCUGGGUCCAAGGCCGAUUUCCUCCUAGUGGCUGGUCACUACCCGGUGUGGUCGGUGUCUGAACAUGGGCCCACCGAUUGUCUCCUGCAGAGGGUUCGCCCUCUACUGCUUAAAUACAAUGCCACUGCCUACUUAUGCGGCCAUGACCACAAUUUGCAGUACAUUGAGGAGUCGGGAGUGGGCUACGUAGUGAGUGGUGCCGGAAACUUCCUGGAUCCGGAUGUUCGCCAUUGGAACCAUGUCCCCAAAGGUUCCGUGAAGUUCUUCACUGGCCAGGCCUCAACUCUAGGAGGCUUUGUUCAUGCAGAAGUCAAAAACAACAAGAUGAUACUCACCUUUUACCAGGCUAAAGGCACCUCUCUCUAUCGUACUGUGCUGUCAUCACGGAAUGGCAACUAGAUGAGAAAGGAGCUUCACUUUUGUGUCCAAAUUUAGCACGGUUUAAUCUUAUUAUGAAAAAAAUCUAGUACCAUCUUUUUACAAAAAUUUUUUAAAUCUCCUUUUGUCAGAAUGAAAACUGUUCAGAUAAGUGGAAACCCUUACUAAAUAUAUAAAACAGCCUUUGCUGUUGGUGUUUUCUCAGUAUUGACAGAUUUGUAUGCUUUGAAUACAAACAUUUAAAAUUGUAAUUCUACUGUCAGCAUUGUUAAACAUGACUCACACCGCUUGCCUUGUGAUUUCUGCAGAAGGGAGUGCAAGGAAGAUAAUUGUGGAUUAUGUCGCUACCAUAUAAUCACCUAAGGAUUUGGACUGGAGAGUCCUUGCAUAAUACACAAGUUAAAAAUCUAUAUAUCAAUUCUGACUUGACUAGAUAAACUGUUUGUUCUCUUGACAUGUCUUGUUCUGGUGUGUUUGUAUGUCAUUUGCCAUCAGAUGGCAUGAAACUGAUUUUAUUUGUAUGUUUCAAGGUUGUUUCCAAAUACUGUAUAUUAAUAUAUAUAAAUAUAUUAGGACCAGUUGAGUAAAAAUUUUCAACUCAAGUCUUUGUCAUUCCCUUCCUGUGUUGUAUAUUUGGUGAUAAUUGGAUUAGUGUAUGGUAAGGUAUUAAAUUGACGUCAAUGUGUGAAAUGCUUGGUUUAGCGCACGUUUCUGUUUGUAACGGAAUUGGUCCCAAAGCACUUCAAUGGAAAGGAUUGUGAAAGAGUAGGCUUCUUAACAAUUGCACUUGCACACAGACUCCUUUAGCAAAAUGCCUAUUGUUAGUCACGUGUGAAUAAACAUCUAUUUUAAAAACAAUUUGA